GGAUCUUGACAGCCUGAGAGGAGCUUUCAGUUUGUCGCAAGUUUGUCUGUUUCAACAAGGCGGUGUCACCCUGAAGACAAGGAGGCAGAAAAGGAUCCUUUGAUAAUGUCAAGCUCUCUGGUUGUGUGUGAAGUGGAUGAAAGUCUGAAAGCUAAACUGAGUAAGUUUAGAUUUCGGAAAGAGACCAACAAUGCUGCCAUACUAAUGAAAAUAGACAUGGUGAAACAGCUUGUUAUCCUUGAGGAGGAAUAUGAGGACAUCUCACUGGAUGAGUUGAGAAAUGAACUUCCAGAGCGGCAACCCAGAUUCAUUGUCUACAGCUACAAAUAUGUCCAUGCUGAUGGAAGGGUGUCUUACCCUCUGUGUUUCAUAUUCUCCAGUCCAAUGGGAUGUAAGCCGGAGCAACAGAUGAUGUAUGCAGGCAGCAAGAAUCAACUGGUCCAAGCUGCAGAGCUCACAAAGGUCUUUGAAACAAGGAAUGCUGAUGACUUGACAGAAGAAUGGCUGAAGAACCAGCUGGCGUUUUUCCGUUAAAUAUGCAUCUUCAAUACUAUCUGACUUUUUCUUUGUGAAACGUGACCGUGGAUUUGAAUUUUCCAAUUGUUGUCCAUGUUAUAGCUAUUAAAUGGUGUACUGUUGGAAAGGAA